AUGCAACUUGAUGGAAGUCCUCGCCGUACGACGACACGGGCGGCGACGUGCAGAGGGCUUGCGAGAGCUGGAAAGCAGCAGAACCGCAAGAUGUUCAAAGUCCUGACAAAGAAAACGGCUAGUGCCCAGAGAGCACGACAUAUGGCCAGCGGAAAACAUGGGGUUCCUCAAGUGCCGAGUCUCACCUCACUCUCACCGAGCGGUCAGCACUUGCUAAAACGCAGUCGAGGCAGCAGCAGCAGCUCGCUGCGUUCAAUGGGUGGCUAUUCCCGCCGUAUCUUCCAAGCCGGUGCAGGCAAUGCAGCUCUCCAGACCAAACUGCAGGGAAUCGGUCCCUCAAAGGACCCUGGAUCCGAACAACACAGGCAGGAAACUGACGGGGCUGAGGUGGAUGUGGACGUCCUCGAAUCUGCAGAGUCUUCCAUCCCCCGUUCGUUAGUCAGACAAGCCAAGAGGCAAGAGGGCGUGACCAAGCUGACGAGGAGGGCCGGAAGACUGCUGCUUCCCCUCCUACAUCCCUCCCCGGCUGCCGUAAACGGCCGAGCAGAAUAUCGACCGGUGGCGUCCAUCAUACAUGAUAUGCCGUCGUUGGUCGGCUGGCUCGUCGGCCAAGGCCGUGAAGAAGAAGCAAAGGGGUUCGUGUUCGACGCCGCCCAGUGCCCAGCAGCUGCUUGUGGUGGUUAA